CACGAGUAUCAUUUGCAUCCACUGAUCGUUUAUUGAUCCGAAAGAAAACUGUACAAAAGAAAGGAAUAAUUACAAUGACCACGGGGCUGAAGACAAUGGAAUUUCUGAAAUUAAGCCGACGUGUUCGGCGACGGCUGAACGCACGGAACGUGAGCGAUCACCUUCUCGCUGACGUCGAGGAACAAAAGAAAAGGGUAUCGCUGAAAAUUAACACCAAGAUGCUGAAGAUCGGUUUCAUUGGAGGCGGCAAGAUGGCUCAGGCUCUGGCCAAGGGAUUCAUUCGUGCUGGAUUGAGCAAGGGCGAGAUGAUGCUGGCCAGUUGCUUACCGAACGACGUGGGCAGCAUAGACGCGUUCAAGGAAAUGGGCUCGAACACCGUGCCUACAAACGGACCGGUUAUCGACCACGGUGACGUUCUGAUUCUAUCCGUGAAACCGCAAGUGGUACCGAAGAUACUUCCGGAAUUGAAACAUUACAAUAAACUUUUGCUGUCGAUCGCGAUGGGCAUACCAAUAGCGUCGUUGGAAAAGGGUUUGCCUGAAGGAACGCCAGUGAUAAGGGUAAUGCCCAACACACCAGUUCUCGUUGGUUGCGGAGCGACCGUGUACGCACGUGGAAAGCACGCGGGAGAUAAGGAAGCAGAAAUAGCAGAGAAAUUGUUUUCUGCCGUAGGUUUGUGCGAGGAAGUACCUGAAAACCUGAUCGACCCUGUUACUGCUUUGGCUGGUUCUGGGCCCGCCUAUGUAUAUAUGAUGAUAGAAGCUUUGGCUGACGGUGGUGUCAAAAUGGGCCUCAUGAGGCCAAUCGCCUACAAGUUGGCUGCGCAGACUGUUCUUGGUGCUGGUGCCAUGGUUAUGGAGACUAAGACUCAUCCAGGACAACUGAAAGACGACGUAGCUUCCCCAGCAGGAUCUACUAUAACAGGAAUUCAUUAUCUGGAAGAACAUGGUUUAAGAUCAGCGGUAAUCGGUGCGGUUGAGGCAGCAACAAAGAGAUGCAGAGAAGUUAGCGCACUUUCAGACAACAGUUAGAAUUGUCAAUAUUUACAAUAGAAAAUUGGCAAUAUUUAAGGCAGCAACGAGAGGGAAUUGAAAAGUGGUAGUUGUAGUUAUAGAAUGAAUAUGAAGUCAUAGUGAUAACGCGCGUUCUAA